AUUCACAAUAACAGGCACUGUAGCCUGUACUGAACAUCAUCAUGUCCCUCCCUGGUAACAUCCUUAUUGUGGGAGGAGGAGUCUUUGGAUUAUCCACCGCCCUCUCUCUCUCCCAGAGACACCCCUCCAGCAAAGUCACCAUCCUGGAAGCAUCACCCACCAUCCCCAACCCGCAUGGCUCCUCCGUCGAUACCUCACGUAUCGUGCGAGCAGACUACUCGCAUCCAACGUAUGCAAAGCUCGCCGCAGAAGCCACGGACCGCUGGCGAAGCUCCGAAUGGGGCCAGGACGGCCGAUACACCCAGAACGGCCUGCUGCUCGUCUACCCGGACGGCGACUCCACGGCCAAAGACUACACCACGAAGAGCUACCACAACGUCCAGCAGCUGGGCGAGGACGCGCAGUUCCUCCCCACAAAGCCGGACGUGCUCCGCGCCGCCCCCGCCUACAGCGACACCCUCAACGUCGCGGGCGGAUACGUGAACUGGAGCUCUGGCUGGGCGGACGCCGCGGCCGGCGUGCAGUUCGUCAAACACAAACUCGACCAGCAAACGCACCAGGUGAGCUUCAAAACCGGCAAAGCCACGCAACUGCUAUAUUCCAAGACCGACAACGUAACCGGUGUCGUCCUGGAAGAUGGCUCAACCAUCGCCGCGGACCUGGUCAUCCUGGCCACAGGCGCCUGGACAGCCUCCCUGGUCGACCUGCGCGGCCGCGCCGUCUCAACCGGCCAAAUACUCGCGUACAUGCGCAUCUCCGACGCCGAGCAGCGCCGGCUCGAGAACAUGCCCACGAUCCUCAACUUCGGCACGGGCAUCUUCAUCAUCCCGCCGCGGAACAAUCUCCUGAAAAUCGCCCGCCACGCCUAUGGAUACCACAACCCCAUGACCGUCCCCGUUCCAGGCGCCCCAGCCCAUCUCGACUCCACCACAAGUACUGCUACUACUACUACUACUACUAGUAGUACUACGACCAUGUCUGUCUCCCUACCGGACACGGCCGUGCCCAUCCCACUCGAGGGGGAAACCGCCUUCCGUGACGCGCUCAGACAACUCCUCCCUUCCAUGGCGGAGCGUCCGUUCACCGAGACGCGGAUUUGCUGGUACACUGAUACCCCCAAAGGUGACUUUCUAAUCACCUACCACCCCGCGCAUCCGGGCCUCUUCCUCGCCACCGGCGGCAGCGGCCACGCAUACAAGUUCUUCCCUGUCCUCGGGGACAAGAUCGUCGACGCCCUGGAGGGGAACCUGGCGAGCGAACUAGCGGAGCUCUGGGCCUGGCCGGGUGCCGUGGACGAGCAUCGCUUUUCUGGCACAGAGGAUGGGAGUCGAUCUGGCGCGAAGGGGUUGAUUUUGCAGGAGGAGUUGGCGAAGACGGUGAAGGCGAGGAGGGUGGGUGUUUUGUGAAUAUAGAAUACAUAUCUAGAUAGCUAUCUAUCUAUCUGUCGAUCUGUC